GUGUGGAUGUGCUUCACAAAAGUGGAGGCAGAUGCAAGAAAGGCACAGUGCAAAGAAUGCAGCAAAAUGUUGUCACUAGGCAGCGAUAAACCAAAACUUCAAACAGUGAUGUCACAAGGAGCUACAUGGUAUGUACCUACUGAACUUAAAGAGAGCCAUAAAUGACGAUGCAGAGCGUGCCGCGAAAAAGAUGAAGGUAAAGGAAACAGCGAUGACGAAACAUUCAUUACCAAAUUUUGUCCAGACGCCAUUGACGUCAAUGACUGAUUUCAAAAUGGUCUGGCCCGAAGACCACGUUGCUGUUCAGAUAAUUGAUAAGUCUCAUAAGUGCAUCAUGGACUUGAUUAUUGUUGACAUGUUGCCCUAUUCUAUUGUUGAAGGGGACGAGUUCAAAAGAUUGAACAUUGCCAUUGGUGAUCCACUGAGUAGUGACUGAGCACUCAUCGCUAGAUAUAACUAUAAGUCAAAAGCGAGAAUUAUACAGGACAACACUGAUGCCUGCCACAUAUGACAAAGUCGUGAAACACGUCAUAAAUCUACUACAAGAGGCUGCAUGGAUUUCAUUUACAACCGAUAGAUGGAGCAAUCCAACAAAAUCAUGUUCAUUACUGAGCUUCACGGCUCAUUUCAUUCACGCAGCUGUGCGGCGUAAAGUUAGCUUGAGUGCGAUGGUGCUGGAACAAGACCAUGAUGGACAUUAUCUUGCUUCAAAACUUCGGGAAGCCAUUGCGAAAUGGGGAAUAGCAGAGAAGAUUCACUUUGGAGUGAGAGACAAUGCCACAAAAAUGAAUAAAUGUGCAAUGAAGCUCGCAGGUGUCGCUGACAUUGGCUACGUGUCCCAUAUACUUUACGGUUGGUUCUGCAUGAUGCGCUGUUUAAAGUUUACGCAAACAUCAGUGGAAGCUGUCAUAAGAAAAGCCCGUAAGAUUGUGACUCACUUCAAACAUAGUGAACAGGCUUGCUGUCAUCUUGCUGAACACCAACUAACGAUAAAUGUUCCAGCACACUCUUUACUGCAGGACGUUGAGACAAGAUGGAAUAGCUCUUAUCUUAUGCUGGAACGUCUGCUCGAAAGGACCAAGCCAAUUGAUCUGUUUAGUGUGGAGCGAGGCAGGAUUGACAGUCUCUCAAACGCAGAGUGGGCACUGGCUGGAAAAAUUGUCAAACUUCUGAAACCUUUCCACGCUGCAACGCUGGAGAUUUGUGCUGAGGAUGCAUGUAUUUCAUUGGUCAUCCCGCUCGUCGCAAAUCUGAAUAGCUUACUGAAAACAACAUCAGCAGAUCAGGGCCUGAAGCAGAUGAAAGCGGCACUGCGUGAUGCAAUGUGUCGUAGGUUCUCUGAUAUCAAUUCCUCAGCACCUUACCUUGCUGCAAUCCUGAUUCAUCCACGCUUCAAA